AGCUGAACUACUCAAUGCGAAAUUGAUAGAUAUCCUCCUUCCCUCACCCACGUUGUGAGUUUACUCCGGAGUCCACCGCCAACGCUGUUCGUCGUCACUACUCAUGGUUAUUGGCCAUUCACAACAACACAACAACCCACUCUCUUCGUGCAGAUAUUACUCCCACUCUCAUUACAAAGUAGCAUCCUAACAGCUGAACAACCAUGCGCGAUUUCAUUUUGGCUUCCGUGGUCACGGCCUCAGCCUUGUUCGCCAGACAAGCUGAAGCUGUCGCUGCAAACCCUCUACCGAAACCUACAAACAUUACCUGGGGCGACUCUGGCUGCUUCUCUUUCGGAUCUGUCACUCUCGAUGCGCAGGACCACAAGGUACUCUCCGCUGGGUUCGACCGCGUCACUAAGACCAUCGCGGAGUUGAAGUGGGUUCCGCAAGCCACUGAGGCCCCGGUCACAUCAUUUCAGCCUUUUCCGACCCCAACCGCUGCCUCAAGAAAACGCAAGAGGCAGUACAGUGCACCACCCGGAAAUUGCACACGUACAAUCACCAAGGUCAAGGUUGAUGUAUCCGAUGCCCACGCUGAGCUUCAACAUGGCGUUGAUGAAUCUUACACGCUCGACGUCGUAGCUGGUUCGGAUACUGUCAAAAUCACCGCUGGAACCGUUUACGGCGCCCUCCACGCUCUCACAACGCUACAGCAGAUUGUGAUCAACGAUGGCUCAGGUAAGAUGAUCAUCGAACAGCCAGUCGCUGUCAAGGAUGCGCCACUCUAUCCGGUGCGCGGUAUCAUGAUCGAUACAGGCCGCAACUUCAUUACCAAAGCCAAAAUCUUAGAACAAAUCGACGGAAUGGCUCUUUCGAAGCUCAAUGUCCUGCACUGGCAUCUCAUCGACUCGCAAUCCUGGCCUGUGGAGAUUAAUGCAUAUCCUGAGAUGACUGAGGACGCCUACUCAGCCAACGACAUCUUCACUCAGGACAUGUUGAAGGAAGUAAUCGCCUACGCCUCCGCACGCGGCGUACGCAUCAUCCCGGAGAUUGAUAUGCCAGGACACGCCAGCUCUGGUUGGGCUCAAAUCGACGAGUCCCUACUUACCUGCCAACACAGUUGGUGGUCAAACGACAACUGGCCACUGCACACCGGCGUAGAGCCCAAUCCAGGUCAACUUGACAUCCUCAACAACAAGACCUACGAGGUGACAGCUAAAGUGUACAAGGAGAUGACACAGGUCUUCCCAGACAACUGGUUUCACAUUGGUGGCGACGAGCUCUUUGCAAACUGCAACAACUUCUCCACUGCAGCCCUCGCAUUCUUCAACAGCGGCAAAUCAAUGGGCGACCUCUACCAAGUCUGGGUUGACCGCGCACUUCCCAACUUCCGUGCACAGGCCAACAAGACUUUCGUCAUGUGGGAAGACGUCAAGCUUUCCGCUGACGUGGCCGCUACAGGUGUCGUACCCAAAGACGUUGUCCUACAGGCUUGGAACAACGGUCUCGACCACAUAAGCAACCUCACCGGACAGGGCUACCGCGUCAUUGUUUCUAGCUCCGAUUUUAUGUACCUGGACUGUGGAUACGGAGGCUGGGUAGGCAACGACCAGAGGUACAACGUCAUGGUCAACCCCAAUGCGACAGACGGUUCACCCAACUUCAACUGGGGCGCCGGCGGUGGCUCUUGGUGCGCACCGUACAAGACAUGGCAGCGAAUCUAUGACUACGACUUCACGCUUAACCUGACCGACACUCAGAAGGCGCUUGUACAAGGCGCCAUCGCGCCUCUCUGGUCCGAGCAAGUCGACUCUGUCGUCAUUUCUCAGAAAAUGUGGCCGCGCGCUGCUGCGCUCGCGGAACUUGUUUGGAGUGGAAACAGGGAUGAGAAUGGCAACAAGAGGACCACGGAACUCACGCAGCGCAUUCUUAACUUCAGGGAGUACCUUGUUGCGGCGGGUGUACAGGCCAGUCCGCUGAUGCCCAAGUACUGUCUGCAGCAUCCGCACGAGUGUGAUCUGAAUCUCGAUCAGACCGCAUUGCACACACCUGCCGCCUAAGAAAUGGAGUUUCCUUCAUCUCAGCAUAAGGAGGCUGUUCAAUACUUCAUUCUAGGGGUAGGUAUUUGGGAAGACUGGUAGAAAGGUUUGGGUGAGAAGGAAGCUGAAGGUUGAGGCAUGUUUGCAUCUUCGUACAUACCCAUUUUGACUUUGAAUACAUGUCUAUUAUUCUACAUACCCAUGUCCGCAUGUGUAACUGCUCUGUAUUGUUAAAUCUAAGAUGUGGUCUAUGAGACCCUCAUACAUGUCAGUAACAGGUGCUGUGGAAGUUUGACGUAAUAGAAGUUUGCUAUCAGGUGACUACUGACGACCAGGUCAUGAAAUACCGUAACUCCGUUGCGCAAUCAUCUCGUACACAAAGAAUGUCUGCUGCUCCUGUAGCACCAUUGCUUCUUCCCCUGCAAAGGCGUUCCUAAC